GUCAACACGUACAGGACGGACAUGGAGAUGACACUGAAGGUCAUGACGACGACGAGAGCCAGAAUGAUUCCCUGCAUCACCCUGUGGCUGAUACAGCCCUGCUCUGGGGUCAGACUCUGGAACCAAACAGAGCUACAGGGACACUUCCUGUCCUGCUGAACUGGCUUCCUGAUUGGCUAGAGAGACGUGCACUAGAUGGAGACAUGUAACCGCUGGUUAUUUAGACAACACUGGUGAAGAAGGAGCAGCAACGUUCAACAUGGCGGCGAACAGAGCAGGCAAGUCUGCUGUUGUACUGUCGUCUGUUCCUCUCCAGCUCCUGCUCUACCUGACAGCUCUUUACUAUGUCUUCUACUUCCUCUCUACAUUCUGCAUGAUCAUCUACAAGAGUCGUGUGAUGAGCUACCCUGAUGACCUCCUAACCCAGGACGUAGGUCUGCUCUUCUUCAUGGCUUGUCUUGAGCUGUUCCGACUCUACUGUGGUGUGAGGGGUAACCUGCAGGAGACGGAGGGUUAUAUGUGGGCUAACCUGGCCAUGACGGUGGCUACGGCCCUGUUGUCCGUCUACUUCCUGGUAUGGCAGCUGUACGUGAUGCAUGCUGACGUCAUCAUCAACGCCAUACUGCUCAGUGUUUACGGACUGGGAGGGGUCCUAGGUCUGGCCACACUGGCUAGAUUCACCAGUGUCUACUCCUGACCCCAUCAAUUAUAGCUGCACUGACAGCACCUCCAGAAUCUCCUUCGACUCCUUCACUACCACUCCUUCACUACCACUCCUUCACUACCACUCCUUCACUACCACUCCUUCACUACCAAACCUUCACUACCACUCCU